AUGGCACAUGGCACUCCCAGUAAAACUCCCAGUAAAACUGAGGCAGGUACCAAGUCGUCUGGUUUAGGGGCCUGUGAGUGGCUUCUGGUCCUUACGUCCCUGCUCUUCAUCAUUGUGACCUUUCCCUUUUCUAUCUGGUUCUGCAUAAAGGUUGUACAGGAGCACGAGAGAGUGAUCAUAUUCCGACUAGGACAUCUGCUUCCUGGAAGAGCCAAAGGCCCUGGCCUUUUCUUCAUUCUGCCCUGCCUGGACACAUACCACAAGGUUGACCUUCGUCUCCAAACCCUGGAGAUCCCCUUUCAUGAGGUGAGUCGAAUGGUGGCUUUUCUUUCCUCACCUUUCCCAAUACCUAGACAGCAUCCUUUUCCGUCAGAGUGUGCCACUCGUCAGGAAGGGGCAGCAGAGAGGUUUGCAAAUCUGUCUGAAGCGCUGGCUACUCAGAGCCCCUGCCGCCCGCCUCCAUGCCCCUGUCCUUCCUUUUACAGUAAGGAUGUGAGGCUGCCAGCUGGGCUGCAGCACUCCCUGGCUGUGGAAGCAGAGGCUCAAAGACAGGCCAAAGUGCGGGUAAGUCAGCCCCGAGCACCCAGUUCUCCUCUCUGGGCUAUUCUUGGCGGAAAUGCGGUCCACAUGAAGGUCCCCUGAUGGGGAACGGACCCCUUUGCUUCCUUCCCACUCAU